AUGGACGUUAUCCAGUACCUAGCCGGCUUUAGAACUCGGAGGCAUCGAAGGCAGCAGCCUUAUUCCGACGCUCACAGAGCAGAUUCCAUGCGCCGUAGACUUCCGAUCAACAAUCGCUCAGAACCGGCGAUACAGCUUGUGGCGGCUAACAAUGAAGAAACCAAUCAUACAGUUGAAGAAGCACGCGACGUAGAUUUGCCCGAUACCACUAACGCUGGCGUACCUGAGGCGAACAGCAGCACAUCUCUGGAGAUGAAACUGAACGACCUCAUGGAACUCGUUACCUCGCUCACCGCCUCAAUCGUGACCAGGCCCGAAAACAUAGCCUUUGCCCAGUCACCAACUGGUUUGGUUAUCAACACCUCGACGACGGAGCGAGCCAUUAAUGAGCAUCAGCCAACCGAUGGUCUCGUUGAAGCAACCGCGGCACCUCAACAAGUCAACAACCCAAACACCCCUGGUCAAAUCCCGCCCGUGGCUGGCCAAGGCUCGAGUCUUGAGGAACAGAUGGACAAUCUUGCGGUCAUUGUCACCUUCUUGGUCCUCAUGUUAGCCGAUAGAGCCCAAGCCCCCGUCCCGCCCGAGGCACCCGCCGCCGAUCCUGUUGAAGCCUCAGCACAGGAGAAAACCAUGCCUCCAUGUAGUCAAGACCGCACCGUAACAGUCCAGACAUUACCGCAAGCCGAUAAAACUAGCACUGACAGUGCCAGCACGAGCACCAAAAGCACGCAGCUGCCGUACACGCUCAGCGAGCCCCGAAGAGCAUCAACUGAACCGCCUCUCCAAGCGACAAAAGUCAAACUCCCAAUGUCAGAUCAGCACCAACAAAGCAAGAAGAAUCACAACACCGCACCGGUUUUUAUUUUGCUCGGCCUCACAGAUUUACUGGUCUAUUUCUCGUCGGUCAGGGUCCUUGUGGAAUGCCUGGUCUUUCCCGUGAUCCUGUUUGCGCUUUACCUCUGCUUUGGCAAGUCUGCCUGCUUUUGCUCGUGGACCUGGAGACCGCGCAUUUGGAAAGAACAGGUCAAGGUGGCUUGGGCUCAGUUGACCGGUGGCGGGGUUGGCGUGGGCCUGGAGAUUGGCAAUGAGGAAAGAAAAGCUCGAGGCGGUUAG